CGAGAACGAGGAGCUGGAGGAGAUCGCCUCGGCCGACCUGAAGUACCUGCUGCUGCCCGCCUUGCUGGGGGCCCUGACGCUGAAGCAGGUCGACCUGAGCAGGAGGCUGGAGCACCUGGAGAGCGCUCGGGCCCAUUUCUGGCGCUUCCUCACGCUCUGCAGGAGCUACGGGCUGGGCAGCUUCCACCUGCCCCCCGCCAGCCCCCCGGGGGAGGAAGAUGCCGGGAGCCCGUCCCCGGGGGGCCCUGCUGCUGCCCAGCCCAGCCUGGUGGCCAUGGCAUCGAGUAGGCAAGCCAAAAUCGAAAGAUAUAAGCAGAAGAAAGAACUGGAGAACAGGUUGGCUUCUAUGAGAACCUUUGUGGAGAGCGGGCAAGCAGAUGAAGAUCAGAUACGGGAAUUUUAUGUACUACAAAUCCAGAAAUGGAUCAACACCAGCCUUGAGGAAAUUGAGAGUAUUGACCAAGAAAUGGUCAUCCUGAGGAGCAGAGGUACAGCGAAACAGUCUUCAGCACCACGACACGGUACUUCUCAGCAAGUCAGGGCUCCGUUGAAACCUUUCAUUCUUACCCGGGAUGCUGCUCAGGCUAAAGUGUUUGGUGCUGGAUAUCCCGGCCUGCCUACUAUGACCGUGGAUGACUGGUAUGAGCAGCGCCGAAGGCAAGGAGUCGUGUCUGGUCAGAGCGCGCCUCAGCGAACACCAGCAGGUAUAACCGAUGAAGAGUUGCAGAAGCAGCAGCAGGAGAAAAAAGAGGAGGAGGAUGAUGAGGAAGCUCUUCAAAAAGCUCGCAACUGGGAUGACUGGAAAGAUACACACCCGAGAGGCUACGGCAACCGGCAGAAUGUGGGCUGA